AGGUGGCUGAUUCACGCCGCGCACUUCUGUAGUUAUGCUGUACCGCAUGCACGAGUGCGGGCGGGUUGCCUACUCGCUCGGCUCGUAAGGCGCCGUGGACAGGGGCGAUAGGCAAGCCCGCCCGCACUCGUGCAUGCGGUACAGUCGUGAAUCAGCCACCUGGUAUACCUGGAGGUUCCAGGCGAGAGGCUCCGCGAAGAUGGCGGUGAUCUUCUUGGACGCUAUCUGAGUGAAGGUCUCGCCUCGUGCGGCCUUCCUGGCGGCCGCCUCCUUGAGGCGUUUCUCCGGGUCGGGCGGGGAGAGCGGCAUGGCCCACUCGCCGACGCACUCGUCCAGGCCGGCGUCCGCGUCCUCGUAGUCGUCCUGCACCGAGGUGUCUUCGGGGAGGAGGCUCGGAAGCUCGGAGCCAGCGUUCGUCUCGUGGCUCUCCGACUCCGACGAGGAUGACGCGGACAUGUCCUCCUGCGGGGUGGCGGUGCAGCAGGAGAGAACCAGGAUCACGACGCAGGCCAGGAGGCCGACCCAGGAGCGCGGCCUCCGCAUGGCCUAUGGGGGCAUCCCGGACUUUGCCCUGGUGCGGCCCGAAGUGCGUCGGUCAGGUGACCCUGAGGGACGCCGCCGUCGCCGAGGAGCCGAGGACGACGACGACGGCGUGCUGCUCAGAGCCGAGGCCAUGGGCCGAAACUUCAACCUCCGACUGCGGCGCUCGGCCGCCGUCCUCGACCCCUACUUCGCGUUGCUCCGGCGCGACAGCAAUCACAGCCAGCACCUCGACGCCGGCCUCGUGGACCAGGAGGAGCGUUGCCUCUACCGCGGGGAGGGCAGCGACGGCGAGAGCGUGGCCGCGCACAUAAGCGACGGGAUGGCUGUGAGUGCACUGCUGUAACGAAUUACUAUGCUAAAAAAUUAAA